GGGGGCACGUCUCCCUCCCGGUCGGGUUGUCACGUUUUCAGCUACGUAGUACGUAGCACUCGACGACGACGUGGUAUCGUCGUCGUGGCGUUGGAAAGCGGAAGCAGGAAGAGGCAGAAGGACGACAAUAAUUUACCACAAAGGCGAAACGCGGAGGGCAACGAGGCCGGGGAACGGAAAGAAAUAAAUAACGAAGAGUGGCUGAACGCUCCAGGAAUCACAACUAAUCAAAUUAAUUUGAUCCCCAGGGCAUUAAUAACAGAAGCGUGGCUCCUUGAAUGUUGCUUAGCAGAUGCCAGCAUAACUCAUUGGGUCGUUUCGAGGAAAGUGGAU